CUACUAGACGGGGGCUGCUCGGGAUGGACUACAAUUGUCUCCAAUCGCCCUGCCGUGUCCCGCACUUCUGGCAGGGCGUCUUUCUUCCUUGCGUUGUCCCGAGCCUUCGACAUGACCGCAAUCAUGGCUCAGAAGAAAAGAGAUUUUACCAAACACGUCUCAUUCAUAUUGCCUGAUGCAUCCGGCGAUGCCAGUCAUAAUGCCAACAGGGGCGACACUGUCGACCAGCUCAAUACGUACCUUGAGGCACAACGGGCCCGCCAACGACGUAUGCAAAAUCUGGCGCUGGAACUCCCGAUCGACCAGUCAUAUACGGGACCUCUCCACCGUGUCAGAGUCCUUUUGAAGCAGUCAGGCCAGGACAACAAUCAUCUGACAGUCUGCAAUUCGGCAUCCGAUCCUAUUAACACCGAGCUGGAUGCGAUCACACGACAAACGAUCCUUGGGCAGCACGUUCGUGUGGGACUUCUGGCAGCCACUCAGGAUCACCUUGAGAUCAAGUGCUCAUUCGCAUCAGGGGAGGUCGCAUGUGAGAUCUACUUUGACCCUGCAUCUGAUGAUGUCCUUCUUCUCAACACUGGACAGAGUGUUGUCCAAGUCAACCAAACUGUGGGAACUGCUGGUGCGGAAUGCCUUCCUCCCGAGGAGCUCAAGCUGCUUUCCCCAGGUCUCUGGUUUGUAUCAGUCGUCGGCGCUCAUGCCCAGACUGUUGAGAUGCUGGUGAGGCCACGCCACUACAGCCUCUCCGUUCAGGAGGUAGGUCAGCCAAUCGCGAAGAGGGCUGGCGGGAAGAUGCUCCCGCCGCCCCCGAAGAGGAUGCAAUCUUCGUCUGGCGCCAUGGUUACAUCAACAACGGCACAGACUCGCGGUGACUCUACUUCCAGUGCCGAGCGUUCUGCGCCACCUCAACUGCGGGCAACCAUCACGAAAUCACUGCAUCCUCACGAGCUGGCCCAGACGGAGUCUGGGCAGAGAAUCGUGAUGAAGAACACGGACACGCAAGAGACUGAAUACACACUUGAACGACUUGGAAACUGGGUAUACGGUAAGACUCAGACGCAUAUGUUCACGGCAGUGCUGCGGAAGGGCGAAUCAAGCCCCACUGUCGCGGUCUUGAUGCCUAAGCUCUGGGAGAGCGCGUGGAGAGACCUGCCCAAACGUGAACUUUACGCCGCCGUUCACACUGCCAACAGGUGGUGGAGGCAAUACGAUAUGAUGGUGAACCUCAAGCACCCUAACCUAGUCUCAUGUUUCGGGGCAGAUCUCCGCUGCUUGUCUCUCUACCUACAAUGGCCUGGUUCAAUAAACCUUGCUUCAGCUUCCAAGGACGAUCACUACACAGGGGGGCCGGAUGACGUGCGUGUCAUCUUAGCAGAUUGCUCGCAGGCCCUCGACUAUCUAGCGUCCCAUGGUAUCGUACACAACUCGGUCACUCCUUGGAGCAUCGCCUACAGACCAGGCGACAGGGCCGGAGCAGUCCUUACGGACUUCGACUGUGCGAUGAGGCGAUCUGGCGUGGACGACACCAGACUUGCUCCUGUCUGUUACGCGGCGCCCGAAACCUUGCAACACAGUGGUAGUGUGUAUAGUGAUGUGUGGUCCCUCGGAGUGGUGAUGUUGUACGUCAUGAGACUCAGCGCUCUUCCUGGGACGCCGAAACACGUAAGGACUUUAGGACAAUGCCGAUUGGAUCGAUUGAAGGCUUGGCAUGAAAAUGUGGUGGCGAUUCGUGCGACGCUCGACACCUCUGACAACGACGUCGCCGGCAUCGUCGCACUCAUGCUCAUGCCUGAGGAAACUACUCUCACAGGCAGUAAUGCAGGAAAUGGCAGGAUAUCUCCCUCGGCUUUGGGGCGAGAGACGAGAAGGUGGGCGUCAACCAAGAUAUUCUCACCACCAACUCCACACUCAGCAGAAGAAUGAGCUGGUCUCCUGUCCACGGUACUGCAAUGAUAGCGCAACGAUUGAUGAGGAAAUCAAAUUCGAGUUUUUUUUGAC